AUGGAGGCCACGAGGCGCAGCAGCCGAGGUCGCGAGUUAAAGCGCGUCGCGUUCGACGACGAGGAGCCGCUCAGCCCGCGCGUGAUUCCCGCUAGAUCCAGGCCGCGGCUGGCGCCCGCCGCGCGCGCGCACGCCGCCAGAAGCGCGCAUGUCGCCGUGGUAAGCGGCGCCGGGACCGGCGGUGCCGCCACGCCGCCAUUGUCCGGGAUGGCGACGGCAAGAGCAGCGGCAGACGCGCCUUCAGCGGGGAUGGCGGCGGGGAAAGCGGAGUCGGGAGCAGAAUAUCCUGCCAACAGCGCCGCUGGCGCCGCAGCAGGCGGCGGGAUUGGCGGCGGAAUAGGGGCCGUCGCCCUUAGGUCAGGAAGGCGCCAGAAAACACGAGGAAGGUUCGUGGCAGCUGCUGUUACAGGAGGUCUGCCCGAGGGAGGAAUACCUAUUAGCCGGCUGCCUGAUAACGGGGUGGCAAAUAACGCCGCGCACACUACUACGAGCUCUCAUGCAGCGGCCUGGGAGGCGUGUGAGGGGCCUCUGCAGCCAGGAGACAGGAGCGGGGAGCACCUAAUGAUGGUUGAGGCGCCUCAAGCGCCGGCUUCUGCUGCACCUGGGGUAACCGACAAAGCUGCUGCACCUGGGUUAACUGCUGGGGGAGCAGCAGGGAAUAGUGGUGCAGGUGGGAGUGCUGGCAGAGAGGCAGCUGAGAGAACUGCUGCGGGUGGGGUUGCUGCGGGUGGAGAAGCAGUGGAGGUUGCAGGUGGUACAGACAGUGGAGUAGCGGAGAAUGGUGCUGCAGGUGGGGGUGCUGUGGGUGUGGUUGCUGCGGAGAAUGGCGUUGGCGUUACUGCUGGAGGCGAUAUGGAAAACGCAGCUGGGGGAGCAGAUAGAGGAGCAGCUGAGAAUGCAAGAGGGGGUACUGCAGGAGGCCAUACGAAGAAUGCAGUUGCGGCAGCUGACUUAUGUGCUGGGAACAGAGAUGAUCAAGAAAUGUGUGAUGGAACUUUUGAGGCGCCUCUAAAGGGAAAUGACAGAUGUGCUGACAAGGGAGAUGAUGGUAAGGGGAUGGGUGAGGAGGGGGUUGGCGCACUGUGUGUUGAGGGGAGUGAGAGGGGUGUGAUUGUGAGUGGGGGCGGGGAGAGUGGGGCAGGCUUGGUGGGAGAAGCAGCAGCAGCAGCAGUAGCAGGAGAGUACAGUGGUGGGGGGGAUGACAAGGAACGGGGUCAGAGGUCUGGUGCACUGCAUGUGGAGAAGGGGGGAAGGGACGAAAGGCGGAUUGGGGGAGUAGGUGAAGUGGAGGUGGUGGGAGGAGGGGAGGGGAGUGGGGCGGGGGAGGAAGGGGAAGGAGUGAGAGCGGAAGUUGGUGGGGCGGAAGAGGGGGCGGUGAAAGCAGAAACAACAGCUUCAGUUGUGGCUGCUGUUCAGGUGAAAGUCGAAGAGGGGGACGGAGCACAGGAAGGAGGAGGAGGAGCAGGAGCAGGAGGAGUGAGUCAAGGAGGGGGAGAGGGAAAGGAGGAGGAGGGCAGGCAGAGGGCGGUGGGGUUCACGGGGCAAGGGCAGGCGGUGGUGCUGGUGGAUGGCAGGCGGGUGCUGCUUCGAAUUGACACCUCUUUCCAAGGAGCACCCAAAGAGAGCUUCUUCUGCUCCCUGCAGCACACCUACGCUGACCACACCUCCCCACCACAGCACACCCCAGCAGACCACACCCUCCUACAGCACACUCACUCAGACAACACCGAGGGCAAACAGAAAGAGGGCAACGGCGAGGCGCCAUCCCAUAUUGCGCGUCUCCUUUAUGCCUUUCUCGCGCUGCAGCCAUCUGCACUCCUGUCUCCCCCCACUCCCCCUUACCCUCUCCCUUCCCCUCCUCCUCAACCUCUUCACGCCCCAUAUUGCACGUCUCCUCGAUACCUUCCUCUCACCACAGCCCUCUACACUCCUGUCUACCUCCCACUCCCCCUUACCCUCUCCCUUUCCCUCCUCCUCAACCUCUUCACGCCCCAUAUUGCACGUCUCCUCGAUACCUUCCUCUCACCACAACCCUCUGCACUCCUGUCUACCUUCCACCUCCCACUUCCCACUGUCCCCCUGUCCCCCUUCUCUCCCUGGCAGCUCUUUGCAUCGCAUGUGGCGCAUAUACUAAAUGCCUUCGUCUCACGAAGGGGGCAGCUGGAGCAGACCUGCGAGGCCCACAGCACGCAUAUUCUUCAGCUGUUUCACAACCCCCAACACACACGCGCACACCUCUACCUGACAUCUGCUUCCUGCCAUCUCUCUAUCCGCCUCACCUACCCUCCUGCUGCCUCCCUCCCCUCCCACGCUGCUGUCAUGGCGUGGCCCUGCACGCCCCUCGCCCUCUCUCUGCUUCUAACCAAACGAGCCACUGCAUCUGCUGCUGUCAACGCGUCCGAUGCUGCUGCCAGUGCUGCGGCUGCAGCAACAGGGUCUUUGCCGCAGCACUCCCAGAAGCGGAAAGCAGGGGGAGGAGGGCCUGGGGGAGGAAGCGGCUCGCAUGCAGGGUCCCACAAGUCACACAAGUCAGGCAAGUCGGGCAGGGGGAGCAAGUCUCGGCGCAAGAAGGGGCAGCGGGCUCGAUGGUACCGUGCUAAGUCCUAUCGGGUGAACAGCCAGGGGACAGGGCAGGUUGUGCAGGGGGGAGCGGGGCAGGAGGGAGUAGUGCAGGGGGGCGAAGGGGAAGAAGGGGGAGAAGGACAGGGGGAAGAAGGACAGGGGGGAGCAGAGCAGGGGGGAGCACCGCAGGAGGGAUGGGUUGAUGGUGGGGGUGCUUCUGUUGGAGAGGAGGUGGAUGAGAGGUUACAAGGCACAGAGGAGGGGGGGUUGAAGAGUGGGGAGGAAAGGGAGGGGCUGACAAGUGCGGAGGGGGAGCAGGAGGGGAGGGUUGAGUUGACUCGAGGGACAGCAGAGGCAGAACGUGUUUCUGAGGCGCCUAAUAGAUCGUCUCACGAGGCAGCAGUGGCGGAGGUUGUGGAAGGGGACGGAGUAAGCGGGAAGAGUUUUUUGACGGAGGAAGUUGGGGUGCGAGAGAUGGAUGUGGGGUUUUUUGAGGUGCCUCAAAGGUCGGAGAAAGUGGGGUUGCGAGAGAUGGAUGUGGGGGGGCUAGGAGGAGAGGGGGAAGAAAGAGUGGUGGAGCGGAACGGAAGGGAGGGUGAGGAGGGCAGAGGAGGGGGCCAGGGCGUGUUGGUGGUUGGGGAAGCAGCAGCAGAUGAAACGAUGAUGGCAGCAGCGGCAGGGAUUCUCACCGCUGAAAGGCAACUGGAGCCACUGCCCUUGUCCGCGGCACCAACAUCAACACCAUCAGCGACAGCCAAAUCAGCAGCAGCAACAACAGCAGGAGCGGUGAUUGCACCUGUAGGGCUCAAGGAGGAGGGAAUGAUGAAGGAAGAGGCAGGAGUUGCAGAGAUAGUGAGCGAGGAGGGUGCUGGUUUGGCUGCUGAGACUGCUGUUGAGACUGGUGUUACUGUUGCCAGUGAUAAUGCUGCAGCUGGUGUGGGUAACCCACCAGGGACAGAGCAGCAAAAGGGGCAGCAGCGAAGCAUGGCUUUUGAGGAUACAGGGAGAGGAGGGCAGGAGGGAAGGACGGGAGAGCAGGAUGCAGCUGCUGUAGAAAGCAUGGUAGGUGUAGUUGGAGAAGCUUAUAUGGGGGACAUGGUGUUGGUGGAGGGUGGUGAGGGUGCAAGGUCUGUCAAAGGGGAGGAAAGAGAGGAAAGGGUGGUAGAGGGUGUGAGUGGGUUGGAGGGUGGGCGAGGAGGGGUGGAAAUGGAAGGAGGUCAGGGUAUGGAUGGUAUCGAGGAAAAGGAUGGUAGUUUGGCAGUGGGCAUGGGUGUGGAUGGUGCCAGGACGCACAUGGCAUGGGAAGGAGGGGGGACGGAGGAGAAGAGGGGGAUAAAAAGGGAGGAAGGGACAGCUGAGGGAGAGAGGAGCAAGGGGGACGAGAGAACUGAGGGGUGUGGCAGUGGCAGGGUGGGGGAGGUGAAGGAGGCACUAGAUUCUGCACCAGCGGCAGCAGAGCCAGCAGCAGCAGGGGCAACAGUGGGCACCGAAGGCAGGGAAGGAGCAGAAGGAGCAGAGGGGGGUUUGCAUGCAAGCAUGGAACGGGGCGACGGGCGGAUGGAGGACGUGGCUCCAUGUGUCACACAUGGCACAGAAGGGACGGAUGGCACAGGGGCAGCGCCAGCAGCAGCCGAUGUCGCACAUGGCACAGAGGGGAUAGAUGGUGCUGCUGUUGUGCAUGCUCCAUGUGGGGGCGACGAUGCUAAGCGUGCAGUUUUGAGUUUUGAGACGUCUCAAAAGUCACCAGAUGCAGCGCAUGGCACGGAGGGGAUAGAUGGUGCUGCUGCUGUGCAUGCUCCAUGUGGGGGCGACGAUGCUAGGCGUGCAGGCAUGACCGGCCCAGCCGUGGGUGGUAACAUGGAGGUCUGUGAGGCAGUAGAGGAGCAGCAAGGAAGUGAGGCGGAGAGACAGGGGGCCAGUAGUGAGGGGAUGGACAUUAAAGGUUUUAUGCACGCAGAAGAGCGCACUGGGGAAGGCUGGAAGGAGGAGGUGCACCUGUUUCCUCCAGAAACAGCAGCAGGUGCAGUGGGGACGGCUGGGGGGACGACUGCAGCAAAUGAAGUAGCAGCGCGCACUGGGGAAGGCUGGAAGAAGGAGGCUGGGGAAGGCUGGAAGAAGGAGGCUGGGGAAGGCUGGAAGAAGGAGGCUGGGGAAGGCUGGAAGAAGGAGGCUGGGGAAGGCUGGAAGAAGGAGGCUGGGGAAGGCUGGAAGAAGGAGGCUGGGGAAGGCUGGAAGAAGGAGGCUGGGGAAGGCUGGAAGAAGGAGGCUGGGGAAGCAGCAUGCACAGGGGAAGGCCGGGGGGAGGAGGUGGACCUGUUUCCUGCACAGGCCGACUGGCUGCCUGCUGACGCCCUUGCCACUGCUCCAUGGGAGGAGCUGCGCUCUCAGUAUGCACUGCAGCCAUACACACCCGUGCGUCUGCUGGCUGCUGAGGCAAUUCUCCUCCAGAAGGCGCUUCCCCUGGCAAUCGCAGAGAUGUUGUCUCGGGCUCAAGCCUUCUUCUCCUCUCGUACUGCACUUGAGACGUCUCAAAACUCAGCCCUUCCCCUUGUUUCUCACCCUCCCUACCCGAACCUGCCCCCCCUACCAGCAAUCGCAGAGACCUUGUCUCGGGCUCAAGCCUUCUUCUCCUCGCCUGCUGCCCUUCCAGCUUCCUUGCUUCCUGCUGUCCACACCUCCCCAUCUCCCCACCUUCCUACUCCUCCUCCUCCUCCUUCGUCCACUGCUCUUGUGCCCCGCCGCCCUUCCCACACUCGCUCUCGCCUCGCCACUCGCCCCACCACCAGACUCAGCAACCUGCUUGCUGUUACUGCCACCACUCCUGUUCCCCUCGCUGGUGGUGCCAUUACCCCUACCACCCUUGCUGCCACUGCCACCACUCCUACCGCCCUGGUUGCUGUUGCCACCUCGCGAUCCCCACUUGCUGCUGUUGCUACUGCCACAAUGCCAGCUCUUCUCUCUGCUCCUGCCACCGCAACACCUCUUAAAUGUAGCUCAAGGGCAGCUGCAGCUGCAGAAGCUUCCAACACGUCAUCCCUGCUUGCAGCUGCUGCCACAACCCCAGCAACAGCGUCAACCAUGGCGCCAGCCACAGCACCAGCUCCUCUUGGAAUGAAUUCCGCCUUGAGGGAAUCUCCAGUGCCAGCAGGUGCCAAUGCCAACCCAGCAUCUGUGCUUGCUGCUGCUGCCCCGCCACUAAGCAACAUGCAGCUGCCUCACCCACGCUCGGCUGAAGCAGUGGGAGCAGGGGCAGCAGGAAGGGCAGGAGGAGAAGGGGGGUCAGGGGGGCCAGGGCUGGCAGGGGUGGCAGGGACCCGACAGGGAGCAGCAGCAGCGCUCACCCCAUUGCACUCUCCUCAUCCGCAGCCCUCCUCAUUCAACCCAGCUUCACUCAACGCUUCUGCACCAGUCAAACCUGCUCUUUCUGCCACCAGCCCAACCAAUGCGUAUCAGCAGCAAGCAGCAGCAGCAGCAGCACUCUUCCCAUUGCAAUCUCAGCAGCCCUCCAGGUUCAACCUAGCAAUCCCCCCAUCUCAGCCUCACACACCCACUCCUCCACUCAAUGCUCCCGCACCACUCAUCCCUGUACAAGUCAAUCCCACCCCAGUCAACCCCACUCCAGUCAAUGCUAUUCCAGUCAAAGCUACCCCAGUCAAGCCCUGCCCUGCUGCUUCAGCAUCAAUGCACCUUCCAGUCCCGUCUCCCCUCCCACAUCACCGACCCUCCCUCGCCUCCUUCCCUCGUCCCCUUCAGCCCUCCUCCCUCCUCGCAUCUACGCCUCCUUUUUCCCUCUCAUCCUCUUUCUCUCCCACCACAAAUAUAUGUGCAUCUCAUCCCCCAUCCGCCUCCUUACAACAGCCUCACUCAUCUCAAACUCCUCACCUCCGCUCACUCCUUCUCCAAGCACCUGUACCCGCUUCCACCGCUCCCAACACCACUCACAGAACCACCACUGCUCCCACCCAACAGCAACAGUCGCAGCAGCCGCAGCCGAGCCUUACCCAGCCACCCUCACUCAACCCCUCAACAAUUCCCGCCAUCUCUGUCUCACCUGCCUCUGCUGCCAUAUCCCCCAUCACCAUUCCGAGUACCACUCGCAGCACCAUCUCUAGCACCACCUCCACUCCCACCCAACAGCAGCAGCAGCAGGGGCAGCAGCAGCUGAGCCUGACCCAACCUCAAGGUCUCUCUGUCCCCGCCUCACCCCAUGCCCGCCUCUCUGCUCUGUGGCCCCAAGUAAUCAACCGUGCUGCCAGGGGUAGGGAUGCCACUUGGCUCGUCUGCAGUCACACAGACACCGCCUCCCUCUACAGUCACACAGACACCGCCUCCCUCUACAGUCACACAGCCUCCGCCUCCCUCUGCAGUCACACAUGGGCUGCCCAUCCUUUCACCCACACAGACUAG